UCGGCCACCAUGAGCCACCCGUCGGGCCUCCGAGCCAGCGUCAGUUCCACCUCAUACCGCCGCACCUUCGGGCCACCGCCCUCACUGUCCCCUGGGUCCUACUCCUACGCGUCCAGCUCCCGCUUCUCGAGCAGUCGCUUGCUGGGCUCGGCAUCCCCUGGCUCCUCCGUGCGCCUGGGCAGCUUCCGCGGCCCCCGGGCGGGCGCGGGCGCCCUCCUGCGCCUGCCCUCGGAGCGCCUCGACUUCUCCAUGGCCGAGGCCCUCAACCAAGAGUUCCUGGCCACGCGCAGCAACGAGAAGCAGGAGCUGCAGGAGCUCAACGACCGCUUCGCCAACUUCAUUGAGAAGGUGCGCUUCCUGGAGCAGCAGAACGCGGCCUUGCGCGGGGAGCUGAGCCAGGCCCGGGGCCAGGAGCCGGCGCGCGCCGACCAGCUGUGCCAGCAGGAGCUGCGCGAGCUGCGGAGGGAGCUAGAGCUGCUGGGCCGCGAGCGCGACCGGGUGCAGGUGGAGCGCGACGGGCUGGCGGAGGACCUGGCGGCGCUGAAGCAGAGGUUAGAGGAGGAGACGCGCAAGCGAGAGGAUGCGGAGCACAACCUCGUGCUCUUCCGCAAGGAUGUGGACGACGCCACCCUGUCCCGCCUGGAACUAGAGCGCAAGAUUGAGUCUCUAAUGGAUGAGAUUGAGUUCCUCAAGAAGCUGCACGAGGAGGAGCUUCGAGACCUGCAGGUAAGCGUGGAGAGCCAGCAGGUGCAGCAGGUCGAGGUGGAGGCCACCGUGAAGCCUGAGCUGACGGCGGCGCUGAGGGACAUCCGCGCGCAGUACGAAAGCAUCGCGGCGAAGAACCUGCAAGAGGCAGAGGAGUGGUACAAGUCCAAAUACGCGGACCUGUCCGACGCCGCCAACCGGAAUCACGAGGCCCUGCGUCAAGCCAAGCAGGAGAUGAAUGAGUCCCGACGCCAGAUACAGAGCCUGACGUGCGAAGUGGACGGACUCCGCGGUACGAACGAGGCGCUGCUCAGACAGCUGCGGGAGCUGGAGGAGCAGUUUGCUCUGGAGGCGGGCGGGUACCAGGCGGGCGCCGCGAGGCUCGAGGAGGAGUUGCGACAGCUGAAGGAGGAGAUGGCACGGCACCUGCGCGAGUACCAGGAGCUCCUUAAUGUCAAGAUGGCCCUGGAUAUCGAGAUCGCCACCUACCGGAAGCUGCUGGAGGGCGAAGAGAGCAGGAUUUCCGUGCCAGUCCAUUCUUUUGCAUCCUUAAGUAUAAAAACGACUGUGCCUGAGGUGGAGCCUCCCCAGGACAUCCACAGCAGGAAGAUGGUUCUGAUCAAGACCAUUGAGACUCAGGAUGGGGAGCAGGUGGUGACUGAGUCCCAGAAGGAACAGCGCAGUGAGCUGGACAAGUCUUCGACUCACAGCUACUGA